AUGGCCAACGCCGCGGCGGCAGGGACCUGCGCAGUGAUUUUUGACGUCGGCUCUGGGCAGCGACUGCUAUAUUGGGAAGAAGCCCAGUCCAAAAUGGGUAUUUUGUCUUUUACUUACCCAAUGGAAAAUGGGGUAGUUACAUCCUGGGUUGUCAUGGAGAAGGUUUGGAGAGACUUAUACAAACAUGAACUUAAAAUGAAACCGCAGGAGGGGCCAGCACUGCUGACCAAGACCCCUCUCAAUCCUUUGUCCCACCAUGAAAAAAUGGCUGAGACGAUGUUUGGAAGCUUCCAGGUACCUGCUCCUUUCGUGACUCUGCACACUCACAGCCCUGUACGCCUGUGCCCGACAACGCAACCAGUGCUGGACUGUGGCAGUGGUGUCACCGUCACGGCUCCUGUCUACAAAGUGUUACAUGGCAUUUCCAGGCUGGAUUUUGCAGGCAGAGGUGUGACCAAAUACCUUGCCAGGCUCCUCUCAGAGACCCGGCACUCCUUUGUAAGCACAGCAGAGAGAGAAGUUGUCAGGGAUAUGAAGGAGAAGCUGUGCUGUGUUGCUUUUGAUCCUAGCCAAAAUAUGUAG